GCGGCUCAGUCGCUCUCUGGCGAGGCAUCUGUGCAGCCGCUGUCCGUCCGUCUGUCUGUCCGUCCAUCCCAGCCCCAUGGAGGGGGCCGUGACCUCUGGCCUCUUGCUGGCCCUGUGCUGGGCGCUGGCCCCAUCUGCAGAGGCCCAGGAGGGGCUUUGCUAUGAGCAGUUCGGGGCCGGCAAGUGCAAGGAGUUGCUGGGUGAGGACGUGCCCAAGGCUGACUGCUGCCUGAACCCCGACUACGGGUACCAGCCCCGCGCCGGGGCACCCUGCCAGUCCUGCCGCCAGGCCGAGUGGAGCGACUGGACGCCCUGGGGCCCCUGCUCCGUGUCCUGCAGGGAAGGGGUGCAGAGACGUAGCCAGACCUGCCAGGGGCAGGGCCAGUGCUCAGGUGGCCUGCGGAGGAGGUGGGAGACUCAAGCCUGCAGCCUGAAGGAUUGCUGCCCUGUGAUGGGGGGCUGGUCGUCCUGGGACCCCUGGAGCUCCUGUUCCGUGACUUGUGCCGAGGGGGUGAAGAGGCGAAUCCGUAGGUGCACCGAGCCGGCGCCCGUCUGUGGGGGCUCCUGCCUGGGCCACAACUCGGAGACCGUGCCCUGCGACACCAACAAGAUCUGCCCCACUCAUGGUAACUGGGGCAGUUGGGGGCAAUGGGGUCCUUGUUCUGCCACAUGCUCUCCGGAGGAAGCGGGGCUGAAGCCCAAGCAGCGUCACUCACGGGUUUGCGACAGCCCCCCACCUUCCUUCAACCCUCCCGGACUCCCCUGCUCUGGAUCUGCCAGUGAGGACCAGUCUUGCAUCGGGCUCCCCUUCUGCCCAGUGCACGGUGGCUGGAGUGACUGGCAGCAGUCCAGUCCCUGCUCAGUGACCUGUGGCAUGGGCCGGGUAAUGGAGAAGCGUCUUUGCAACAACCCAGCACCACGGCAAGGUGGGAACACCUGUCCUGGCCUCAAUACCCGGUCAUAUUUCUGCAACACCAAAAUACCCUGCCCAGUGGAUGGGCGCUGGUCAGAGUGGGGGGAGUGGUCCAUUUGCACCCGGCCGGGUUACACCGGGGACAUCACCUGCCAGGAGAUCGUGGGGCAGCAGAAGCGGACGCGGGUCUGCGAGGGGCGCAGCCCCGAUGGGAAGCGCUGUGUGGGAAGUUAUAUCCAUAUCCGCAGCUGCUACAACAUGUUUCGGUGCAAAUUGGAGGGCCAAUGGUCAGACUGGAGUUCCUGGGGUCUCUGCAUCCCAACCUGCGGGAAGAAUCUCAUGAAGUCUCGGAAGCGUGUUUGCCAACCCACUUACCCCAAAUUCUCAAUGGAGAUCCAGGGCGUGGGGAACACUGGGCCGGUGAACAUCAGCUUCUGGGGCAAACCCUGGCCCAAGUGCCAGCCCAUCAACGGGAAGGCCCUGGAGGUGGAGGAGAAGGAGCCAUGUCUCAAUGUGCCACCCUGCCCAGAGGAGGAGGAAUAUGAUCAGCCCCCGUUAUCGGCAGGCCGCCUGGCCAGCUUAGCCCCCUAGCCCACCGCAGGCUUCAAGUACGUGGAGCAUCUUGAUGAGGACGUUUGAGGUUGAUCUGGCAGGAGCCAGGUGAAGGUGCUUCCCCAGAAGCCCCAUCUGCAGACGGAGCAGGGGGGGUCAGGAUCCCCACGACAGCAGCUUUUCCCCUCCUUCCAGGGGCUCCCUGUGGAAACACCCCAGAAGCCCCCUGCAGUUAUGACCCCGACGCUCCAACCCCCAGAAAUCCCCUUUGCUACAGGACAUGGGAAUCCAUCACAAUAAAGAGAGAGAAUGGGUCCCACCUGG